AUGCCUGCAACAAAGCGCCAAAGACCGCCAGCGAGGGCAUCUUCAGUAGCAAGCAAAAGAAGUUCAUCUCGUUCCGUCUCUCAACCAGCAAAGCCGCAAGAUGCGACGCCACCAAGCAGCGAUUCCGACUUUGAGGCUGAAGGCGACAUGGAAGAAAGCGCCCCUGAGAAUGGCACCAAAAAGCGAAAAAUAGCUUCUGCCUCACGCUCAGUCAAAUUCGAUGGCAUUCUCUCAAAGAGACUCUUUGGCCAAGAAGCCAGAAAAGCGGCAAAGGAGGAGACAUGCUUCCCAUCUUUACGCCAGCAUUCCGUCUUAUACCACAGGCCCCUCCUCUUGGAUGAACAAGUUGGAUCUCAAGGUCGCAAGGCUUUGCUCUCGUGGUUCGACUCAGUCAGCCAAUCGCGGUCCAUGCCGUGGCGGAAAGAUUGGGUAGACCCCAAGACGAUAUCAGACCCAACUGAGCUCCGAAAGACACUCGAAAAGCGGGCCUAUGAGGUAUGGAUCAGCGAAAUCAUGCUGCAGCAGACUCGCGUGGCCGUUGUCAUCGAUUACUGGAGUCGCUGGAUGGACAAGUGGCCAACGAUCCACGACCUGGCGGCGGCCAAGUCGGAAGAUGUGCUUGCUGCGUGGAGCGGACUCGGGUAUUACAGCCGUGCGACGAGGAUUCAUGAAGCGGCGAAGCUGGCAGUUGGUGAUUCUGACAUGAAAGGCCUUUUGCCGUCUUCAGCAAAGGAUCUUGAAGCAAAGAUGCCCGGCGUCGGACGAUAUACUGCCGGCGCCAUUUCAUGCAUCGUUUUCGGUCGCGCAGAGCCAAUGGUCGACGGCAACGUGCUGCGAGUAUUGAGCAGACAGCUGGGCAUUCACGGCAACAUCAAGACGGGCAAAGCCGUCAUUGACGCCAUUUGGGCUGCGGCAGAUGCCAUCGUCAAAGCCACGGCCGAACUAGACAGUGACGAUGGCAAGACAAGCUCAGAGCCCAACGACAGACCGGGACGAUGGGGCCAGGCGCUGAUGGAGCUGGGCAGCACAAUCUGCACUCCAAACCCGAACUGCUCUCAGUGUCCUAUUACGUCAACUUGUCGCGUCUAUAAAGAAGGGGAGCUCAAGGCCACCAAGGCAAAGGAGAAGUCCCCGAGGAUGGUCGACAUUGAAGAUUUAUGCAUCCUAUGUGAAGAGUUUGACGACAACGAGGGCGACAGCGACGAGGACUCGACUCAAGACAAGAAACGCGGCAACGUCAAGAAGACGGAAGCAAAGCAAAGCAAGCAGCCUACACUGGCGGCAUUUGCGUUUACGAGGAAAACUGUCAGCAGCUCAUCAUCCCCUUCACCAUCUCCGUCAACGACAACCUCGGCCGCUUCCAAGGCAAGCAUGGAUACAAUCACCAGCUACGCCCGCCGAUUCCCCGUCAAGGCCGUCAAGAAGGCCGUCCGCGAAGAAGAAACGCUCGUCUGCGCCAUCCGCCGAAGCGACGGUCAGUUUCUCAUCCACCGCCGACCCCUUAAGGGCCUUCUUGCGGGGCUAUGGGAGUUUCCCAGCAAAUUGCUCGAGCCGUCGACGAAGCCGGAUAAGAAGAAGCGCGAGCGAAUGGCCCUUGAUUACGUGUCGGACUUGUUGAAUGGUGGAAAGGGUAGUAAAAAGACAAAGCCAACGAUAUCGUGCGAGGGCGAGUUGGGGAGUGUGCCGUGGCUUUUUUCGCACAUCAAGUUGACAAUGCAUGUUUACCUGUUUGAGGUGGGAGAUGAUGCCGUGGUGGCAGAAGAUGAAGAGCAGCCGAGACGGUGGGUGGCUGGUGUUGACGUCGACGGUGAAUCGAUGGGAACGGGAAUGAAGAAAUGCUGGGAGAUGGUGAAGGAAUCAGUGGGGGGGCUAUAG